GAUUGGCCAAAACCCCUCUUUACAAGGAGCAGCGGUGUAUUUACUACGUCUCACUACGGGGUGCGCGGUGAGUUGGUAAUACAUGACAGUACAUCAUGUAAUUGCGGUUGUCGCUGUUGUUGCGACCGUACAAGGAAAAACCUGCAGAGGAAGCAUGUAUGCGACCAGGAACCCAAGUCAUGAAUCUAGUAGUCACCUGAACAAGGUAGAAGCAGUGACAAGCGCGCGACGGGCCGCGCCCAGCGGUUCGCGCAUACUGAGCGGUGAGACUUUGUUCGGCGCCUGGCAACAGAAGAGCGGGUCUUCAACUUCAGUUGCAAAUUCAUGAUGGUGCAAAUGCCAUCGUCUCAGCUGAUACGCUCUUCCAAAAGAUCCUUUACGCUUUGUUCCCCUAAUUCCGGGAACAGACGCAGGACAAUCAAUUCCACAAUUUGGAAAAUCAGGUGCUUGUUGAGGUACGUGUCAUCGAGGCAGCCUAGAACGUCUUCGAUUUGCUGAGUCUGAGCCUCGCGCUCAUCGGUCGCAAAAAAAGUUGCUGCUACCUUAGCUGGGACUAGAUUGAGGAGCGUAGCGGCACAACAGUGCUUGAUCGUCUUCAUCUCUUCGUCCGUUGGCAUUUGGCGUGGGGGCCCAAGCGUGUUAUUGGGGAAAAUGGUUGCACGAAAGGUGCGA